AAAAUAAAAAGAGGGGUGCAUUUAGGGGUGGUGGUGGAGCGGAGAUUGAAUUUGAAGUUGGAGUUUGCAAAACCCUAGACAGAAGAGAAGAGAAGAGGCGAUUCGAAAUGGUUUACGGGGUGAGAGAAAUUAACGUGAGCCGCAGCGGCAGCGGCAGCGGCAGCGGAGGAGAGCCUGUGAAUUUGAUUGAUACUGAAAAUGGUGAAUCGUUGAUGCGUGUGCAACCCGGUGUCGACUUAGUCCUUUCCAAUCUUCCUCCACACUCCCCCGGCAGCGGCACUCUCUAUGUCACUACCAAGCAAGUCAUCUGGGUCAGUGAUCUCGACCAAACUAAAGGAUUUGCGGUUGAUUUUCUCUCUAUUUCACUCCAUGCUGUCUCCAGAGACCCUGAUGCCUACCCUCUUCCAUGUCUAUAUACCCAGAUUGAAACUGAAGACGAUCUUCAUUCCAACGACUCUGAUUCUGAAUCAAAUAAUCAUGCCUUGGAUUUAUCCACGGUCAGAGAGAUGAGGCUCAUUCCAUCUGAUCCCACUCAAUUGGAUUCUCUGUUUCAAACAUUCUGCGACUGUGCUGAGCUUAAUCCUGAACCUAAUGCUGCUGCUGCUGCUGCUGAGGAGGAAGGUCAACAACAUAAUUGGAUCUUCAGCGCUGAUCAGAUGGAAGAUGAUGAACAACCUGAGGAGGAAGGCUAUAUUGCUCCCAACCUUGCCAACUCUCUUGGUCAUUCAAAUGGAGAUCAUGACCUUGCUCGUACUGUGCUUGAGCUUCAAAUCAAUGAUCAACGAUUUGAGGAUGCAGAGGAGGUUGAGCAUGAUGGAGAUGGUACCCAUCAUUGAGUACCGGUGUUUUUCUCAAAUCAGCAUAUUCUAGUGUUGUGCAAAAGUUUUAUCAACUGUGUUUUAUGUAGUUUGGUUCUGUAUAUGUAAACUAUUAUGGAACAUCUGACUAGAGUCAUAGUGGUGAAGUUUUGAUGUGUCUUUAUGUGGAAGAAAAUCAUCGUAUCUGGGAUUUGCAAAUGAGUAACACCUUGUAGCAGAUUUCUGAUCAAA